AUGUUGGUGGGUCGCUAUCGACCCCACGGGCAUAUAAGAUACUUAUAUUUGGCGUUUUGCAAGUCUCGUCGAUUGCUUUCCACUACUGAAAUAGCAGAUGCUCUCGAAGCUUCGGAGGAGGUGGAAGACAUUCAAGGUAUAGAUGUUUAUAUAGAUCCACCAUGUAACGGUGAAAUUUCUGAUGGUGACUCGGGGGAAGAAGACUGUUGCGAUUUUGAUAGAUUGAAUCGGUACCAGCUUCUCGCGCCUGCUGAGCUAGUAAUUCACACGUCGAAAGAUGACCAGCAUGUUGAAAUCGAGGCUAUUGAACCUGAAAUCUCUUCUCCUACUCCUCAUAAAACUCGACGUAUGCCUAAAAAGUCUCAACCAGCUGUUACAAUAAGUAAUGAGCAACUCAGGCAAGCGGCGACCUGUCAAGACAGGCCUUUUACUAGUCAAGAGCAGUCUAGUAGCAGUGCUACUAGUAGCAGGUCAGGCGCAUGUCCAUUACUUCAACAGAAACCAAGACAAUGGACCAAGAGAGACAUAAAUUUACCACAAAAUGUCUGGGUUCAAUCACCUCCUCGAACCGUACUAACUUUGAGUAAAGAAAGUGAACCAUUAGAGUUUUUUGAGUUGUUUAUCAGUGAAGAUGGCAAGAACAUCAAGGUAACAGGCACUGUGCGCCAAAAUAGGAUUGAUAAAUGUCCGUUAAUGGAUGUCAAGUCUGUCAAAAAUCAGAAAAGAGGCUAUUACGACUACCGUUUGGACACUAACGACCAAAUAUGUACUGUACGCUGGAAUGGCAACAGCGUUAUUACUUUACUCUCCAAUGAAUACGGUGUUCAUCCAAUUCAAAAAGCAAAACACCAUUCGGCAGUCGAGAAAAAAAUGGUUGAUAUUCAGCAGCCUUAUGUAGUUCAACAGGAUAUUCGUUUUAUGGGUGGAGUUGAUAGACUAGAUGCCAAUGUUGGGACAUACAAAAUUGCAAUUAGAGGUAAAAAAAUGGUAUUCUAG